AUGGCCCCCUAUCUCGUCGACGGCGCCGCCGCCCAACAGCCGCCCAAAAAGCAGCUGCGUAAGUGGUGGAAGGAGAGCUCCGUGUACCAGGUCUACCCGGCCUCGUUCCAAGACUCGACCGGUGACGGCGUUGGCGACCUCAAGGGCAUCAUCUCGCGCGUCGAUCACUUCAAGUCGCUGGGCGUUGACAUUGUCUGGUUGAGUCCUAUCUUUGAGAGCCCCCAGGUUGACAUGGGAUACGACAUCAGCAACUACCGCAAGAUCUACGAGCCCUACGGCACCGUCGAGGACGUCGACGUGCUCAAGGACAAGCUCCACGAGCGCGGCAUGAAGCUCGUGCUCGACCUUGUCGUCAACCACACAAGCGACCAGCACGAGUGGUUCAAGCAGUCGCGCAGCUCAAAGGAGAACCCCUACCGCGACUGGUACAUCUGGCGCAAGCCAAAGUACGACGCCCAGGGCAACCGCCAGCCACCCAACAACUGGAAGUCGCAUUUCCAGGGCAGCGCAUGGGAGUGGGACGAGACCACAGGCGAGUACUACCUCCGCCUCUUCGCGAAGGAGCAGCCCGACCUCAACUGGGAGAACCCCAAGGUGCGCGACGCUGUCCACGACAUCAUGCGCUUCUGGCUCGACAGGGGCGCCGACGGCUUCCGCCUCGACGUUAUCAACUUCGUCAGCAAGCCCCAAGACUUCCCCGACUCGGACCAGGAGGUCCUCUCCGGCUCCGAGCUCUACUCGGCCGGGCCCCGUCUGCACGAGUACCUCAAGGAGCUCGGCGCCAUCCUGCAGGAGUACGACGCCUUCAGCGUCGGCGAGAUGCCCUGCGUCAGGGACGUCAAGGAGGUCAUCAAGAGCGUCAACGGGGACCGCGGCGAGCUGAGCAUGAUUUUCCACUUUGAGUUCGUCGAUAUCGACAUUGGCCCCCACGGCAAGUUCUCCCCCAAGGACUGGAACCUGGCCGAGCUGAAGCGCAUCGCCGACAAGUGGCAGCGCUUCAUGUACACCAACAACGGCUGGAACGCUCUGUACCUCGAGAACCACGACCAGCCGCGCUCCGUCAGCCGCUUCGCCAACGAUGCGCCCGAGCACCGCGUCAACGGCGCCAAGAUUGUCUCCAUGUUCCAGGCCUUCCAGGCCGGCACGCCCUUCGUCUACCAGGGCCAGGAGAUCGGCAUGGUCAAUGUGCCCAAGGAGUGGCCGAUGGAGGAGUACAAGGAUAUUGACUGUCUGAACCACUGGAAUUUGCACAAGGACUCCAAGGACCAAGAAUACUUGAAGCUGCUCAAGUCGCAAUACCAGAAGAAGUCGCGAGACAACGCGCGGACGCCCAUGCAGUGGGACGCCAGCGCCAACGCGGGGUUCACGACGGCCGACGCCACGCCGUGGAUGACGGUCCACCCGAACCACACCGAGAUCAACGUCGCGUCCCAGGUGUCCGACCCGGACUCCGUCUUCAGCUUCUGGAAGACGGUCCUCGCGACAAGGAAGAAGCAUCUCGAUGUCUUUGUCUACGGCGACUUCAACCUCGUCGACGAGGGGCACGAGCAGAUCGUCGCGUACGCGCGGCGCUCUGAGGACGGCGCCGCCGCUGUGGUGGCCUGCAACUUCUCCUCUGAGACUGUCGAGUGGGCCGGCCUGAAAGGUGGCGUCAAGGAGGUGCUGGUCACCAACGGCGGCAAGACGACGGGAGACUUCAGCGGGGGCAAGGUCACACUUGGACCAUACGAGGGAGCGGUGGUGCUUUUGGAGGGAUAG